CCUUAGCGGCCACUCGCCACCCUGGCACCCGCACUCACACCGGCUCCGUGAGUGCCAGCCUUCAGGCCUGCCGGUGCUCCCCAUCACACAGUGGGUGUCGCCCCGUCCCUGCUGCAGCUCCUGCCCCGCAUGCCUGUUCCUCCUUUCAGCUGGCAAGUCCGACUCCUCCUCCUCACUCCAGCCACCCCAAGGGGGAGGUGCAGCCCUCCCCUCCCCCGCCUUGCCGGCCCGCAGCCACAGCCACACGCAUUUGCAGCCGGUUGUUUCCCGAGGCGCCUCCUGCGAGCGUCUUCAGGUUGGGGACGCAGCCUGUUGGCCUUACCCGGUGGAAGGCAGUGUUUCCGCCUGUGUCCUGCUUUGGUGACUGGGGCGUUUAACUGCAAAACGCAAGUGGUGAUUCUGGAAGAGGAAACUGCCCUUUCUCCCAGAGGAGGCUCAGAGCAGACCAGACGUGGCCCACUUGUAGCUCAGCCCAGACCCGGCUCUCUCAGAGCGUGCCGGCCCCGCGGAAGAUGGGGAACUCCUACGCCGGGCAGCUGAAGACCACGCGCUUCGAGGAGGUGCUGCACAACUCCAUCGAGGCCUCCCUGCGCUCCAGCAGCCUGGUGCCCCGGCCUGUCUUCUCCCAGCUCUACCUGGAAGCCGAGCGGCAGCUCUCGGCGCUGGAAGGCGGGAGCCGAGUGGACAAUGAGGAAGAGGAGGAAGAGGGAGAAGGUGCCCUGGAGCCCAACGGCCCUGCCACCCCCUACCAGAUGCACCCCCCGCCUGAGGGGUGCUGCACCACUGACGGCUUCUGCCAGGCAGGCAAGGACCUGCGUCUGGCCUCCAUUUCCAGCGAGCCCCUCGAGGUGCCGGCCGGCUUCCUCCUGGUGGGGGCCAAGUCGCCCAGCCUGCCCGACCACCUGCUGGUGUGCGCCGUGGACCAGCGCUUCCUGCCAGACGACAGCGGCCACAACGCUCUUCUGGGUUUCUCCGGGAACUGCGUGGGCUGCGGGAAGAAGGGCUUCUGCUACUUCACCGAGUUUUCCAACCACAUCAACCUGAAGCUGACCGCCCAGCCCAAGAAGCAGAAGCACCUCAAGUGUUACCUGGUCCGCAACGCCCAGGGGGCGCUCAUGCAAGGGCCCCUCAUCUGUUGGAAGGGCUCUGAGUUCAGAAGCCGGCAGACCUCCGCCAGCACCUGUCCCAGCUCUCCCUUCCCGCCACUGGAGAGCCCAGGGCCUCUGGCUGCCUUCUCCAGUGAGCCCACUCCUGGGACCAAUCCCAGCAUCGCAAUGGGAGCCCAGCAGGCAGGCCCGGCCUCUGACCACCCCUCGCUGAGCGCGGCCAUGGCUCCAGCUGUUUUCAACGGCAAAGACUCCCCGAAGCACCAGCAGCUGGCAAGAAACAGCCUGUCCGCCGUGCCUCGGCCUUCGGCAUUAGGUAUCUUACCCAGCUCCGGGCCGCCCAAAAAGCGCCACAAGGGGUGGUCUCCAGAAUCUCCAUCAGCUGCGGAGGGGGGCUACCCCCAGGGUGGUGGCACCAGAGCUAAGUAUGAGAGUGCAGGUGUGUCCUGCGUGCCGCAGGUCGGCUUGGUGGGACCAGCCUCGGUCGCCUUUCCCGUUGUGGCCUCUGGAGAACCAGUGUCUGUUCCUGACAACUUGCUGCAGAUCUGCAAGGCCAAGCCAGUGAUCUUUAAAGGCCACGGGAACUUCCCUUACCUCUGCGGGAACCUCAGCGACGUGGUGGUGAGCCCCCUCCUGUACACCUGCUACCAGAACUCUCAGUCCAUCUCCAGGGCCUACGAGCAGUGCGGGGCCGCCACCAUCCAGCCCAUCUCCGAGGAGAUGCAGCUCCUGCUGACCGUCUACUAUCUCGUCCAGCUGGCGGCUGACCAGGUGCCGCUGAUGGAGGACCUGGAGCGGAUCUUCCUGCGCUCCUGGCGCGAGUCGCACCUGACCGAGAUCCGGCAGUACCAGCAGGCGCCGCCGCAGCCCUUCCCGCCCGCGCCCGGCGCCGUGGCGCCUGUCACCUCCGCGCAGCUGCCCUGGCUGGCCGGCCUGGCCGCCAGCUCCUGCAACGACAGCGUGUACAUCAUCGAGUGCACCUACUCCCUGGCCGAGGGCCUCUCCGAGAUGUUCCGGCUGCUCGUCGAGGGCAAGCUGGCCAAGACCAACUACGUGGUGAUCAUCUGUGCCUGCCGGAACGCGGCCAUCGACUCCUGCAUCGCCGUGACGGGGAAAUACCAAGCCCGGAUUCUGUCUGAGAGCCUCCUCACCCCAGCGGAGUACCAGAAGGAAGUCAAUUAUGAGCUGGUUACAGGGAAGGUGGACUCGCUGGGGGCCUUUUUCAGCACCCUGUGCCCAGAGGGGGACAUUGACAUUUUGCUGGACAAAUUUCAUCAGGAAAAUCAAGGCCACAUUUCUUCCUCACUUACUGCUUCCUCUGUCGCCAAGUCAGCACCCCUGGAUGUCGGUGGGGCACCUGCAUGCACAAGUUCCAGCCUGGAGUCCCGCUGUCUGCGGCCCUUCCAGCUGGCUGUGGCCCAGAAGCUCCUCUCCCACGUGUGCUCCAUCGCCGACUCCAGCACCCAGAACCUGGACUUGGGCUCCUUCGAGAAGGUCGACUUCCUGAUUUGCAUCCCUCCCUCAGAGGUGACCUACCAGCAGACCCUCUUCCACGUCUGGCACUCAGGGGUUUUGCUGGAGCUGGGCCUGGAAAAGGAGCACCUGACCAAGCAGAGGGUGGAACAGUAUGUUCUGAAGCUGGACACCGAGGCACAGACCAAGUUUAAGUCCUUUCUGCAAAAUUCCUUCCAGAACCCGCACACACUCUUUGUCCUGAUCCAUGACCACGCCCACUGGGAUCUUGUGAGUAGUGCUGUUCAUAAUCUCUAUUCCCAAAGCGACCCGUCUGUGGGAUUGGUAGACAGAUUGUUCAACUGCAGGGAGGUGAAGGAGGCCCCCAACAUCGUCACUCUUCAUGUGACCUCCUUCCCCUACGCGCUGCAGACCCAACACACGCUCAUCAGCCCCUACAACGAGAUCCACUGGCCUGCCUCCUACAGCAACGGAGUGGACUUAUAUCCUGAGAACAAGAAGUACUUUGGGCUGUCCGAAUUCAUUGAGUCCACACUUUCGGGACACAGCCUGCCCCUGCUCAGAUACGACAGUUCCUUUGAGGCCAUGGUCACUGCACUGGGAAAAAGGUUCCCCCGGCUGCACAGUGCAGUGAUCAGGACCUUCGUCCUGGUGCAGCACUACGCGGCCGCCAUGAUGGCCGUGAGCGGCCUGUCACAGAUGAAGAACUACACGUCGGUGGAGACGCUGGAGAUCACCCAGAACCUCAUCAACUCCCCGAAGCAGUGCCCCUGUGGCCACGGGCUCAUGGUCCUACUGCGGGUGCCCUGCUCGCCCCUGGCGGCCGUGGCCUACGAGCGGCUGGCCCACGUGCGGGCACGGCUGGCCCUGGAGGAGCACUUUGAGAUCAUCCUGGGCAACCCCAGCUCGGGCAUCACCGUGGGGAAGCACUUUGUGAAGCAGCUCAAGAUGUGGCAAAAAAUCGAGGAUGCGGAGUGGAGACCUCAGACUUACCUGGAGCUGGAGGGCCUGCCUUGCAUCCUCAUCUUCAGUGGGAUGGACCCGCACGGGGAAUCCUUGCCAAGGUCUCUGCGCUACUGUGACCUGCGUCUGAUAAACUCCUCCUGCCUGGUGCGAACGGCCUUGGAGCAGGAGCUGGGCCUGGCCGCUUACUUCGUGAGCAGCGAGGUGCCCGUGGACAAGGGUUCCCGGAACGAGGCCCUGGAGAGCGACGCGGACAGGCUGAGCAGCACGGACAACGAGGACGAGGAGCCGGGGACGGAAGGCUCCGCCUCGGAGAAGAGAAGCCCCGUGAAGACGGAGAGGCCCGGCUCCCGAGACUCGGCGUCCUCGUCCCUCUCCUCGAAGGCGUCCAGCUCAGCGCUCGGCAGGGAGCCUUCAACUCAGCCAGGGGGACCCCUUCCGGGGGAGCAGGCCAGGUCGCCAGUGGCCUGUGGCCCUUCAGAGGAAGGCAGGGCCCCUGGGGAGCGCCAGAGGCUCCGAGCAAGUCGGGGGGCCCCGUCCAUCAUCAGCCCCGGGCUGGCCCCCCAGCCUGACUGUGGCCCCCGGUCCGGCCAGAGGAGCAUCCAGGCAUCGGUGCCCUCGUCGUCCUCCCAGCUCUCUGCCUGCUCGUCCUCCUCACCCACGGUGCCCGCUGCUGGCCCACUGGUCCUGCAGGCCUCGCAGUGCGCCCUGACCAAAGCCUGCCGGCAGCCGCCCGUCGUCUUCCUGCCCAAGCUGGUGUACGACAUGGUCACGUCCACGGACAGCAGUGGCCUGCCCAAGGCCGCCUCGCUGCUGCCCUCCCACUCGGUCAUGUGGGCCAGCUCCUUCCGGCCCCUGCUCAGCAAGACCAUGACGUCCACGGAGCAGUCGCUGUACUACCGCCAGUGGACGGUGCCGCGGCCCAGCCACAUGGACUACGGCAACCGCGCCGAGGGCCGCGUGGACAGCUUCCACCCGCGCCGGCUGCUGCUCAGUGGCCCCCCGCAGAUCGGGAAGACGGGCGCCUACCUGCAGUUCCUCAGCAUCCUGUCCCGGAUGCUCAUCCGGCUGACGGAGGUGGACGUCUAUGACGAGGAGGAGAUCAACAGCGACCUCCGAGGAGAAACAGAUUGGCAUUACCUCCAGCUCGGCGACCCCUGGCCGGACGUGGAGCUGUUCAGGAAGAUGCCUUUUGACUAUAUCAUUCACGACCCCAAGUACGAGGACGCCAGCCUGAUUUGUUCACACCAGCAGGGCAUAAAGAGCGAAGACAGAGGGAUGUCCCGGAAGCCCAAGGACCUGUACGUGCGGCGCCAGACGGCGCGGAUGAGGCUGUCCAAGUACGCGGCGUAUAACACCUACCACCACUGCGAGCAGUGCCACCAGUACAUGGGAUUCCACCCCCGCUACCAGCUCUAUGAGUCCACCCUGCACGCCUUUGCCUUCUCUUACUCCAUGCUAGGAGAGGAAAUCCAGCUCCACUUCAUCAUCCCCAAGUCCAAGGAGCACCACUUUGUCUUCAGCCAACCUGGAGGCCAGCUGGAGAGCAUGCGGCUGCCCCUCGUCACAGACAAGAGUCACGAAUACAUAAAAAGCCCAACCUUCACCCCCACAACCGGCCGUCACGAGCACGGGCUCUUCAACCUGUACCACGCGAUGGACGGGGCCAGCCACCUGCACGUGCUGGUGGUCAAGGAGUACGAGAUGGCCAUCUACAAGAAGUACUGGCCCAACCACAUCAUGCUGGUGCUGCCCAGCAUCUUCAACAGCGCCGGCGUCGGGGCCGCCCAUUUCCUGAUCAAGGAGCUGUCCUACCACAACCUGGAGCUCGAGCGGAACCGGCAGGAGGAGCUGGGCAUCAAGCCGCAGGAUAUCUGGCCUUUCAUCGUGAUUUCUGACGACUCCUGCGUGAUGUGGAACGUGGUGGACGUGGACUGCAGCGGGGAGAGGGCCAGCAGGGACUUCUCGUGGUCAGAGAGGAACGUCUCCUUGAAGCACAUCAUGCAGCACAUCGAGGCCGCCCCCAACAUCACCCACUACGCGCUGAUCGGCCUGCGGAAGUGGUCCAGCAAGACCGGGAGCCGCGAGGUGCGGGAGCCCUUCUCCCGCUGCCACGUGCACGACUUCAUCGUCCUGAACGUGGACUUGACGCAGAACGUGCAGUACAACCAGAACCGCUUCACGUGUGACGACGUGGACUUCAACCUGCGUGUGCACAGCGCCGGCCUCCUGCUCUGCCGCUUCAACCGCUUCAGUGUGAUGAAGAAGCAGAUAGCCGUGGGCGGGCACAGGUCCUUCCACAUCACGUCCAAGGUGCCCGACACCCCUGUGGCCGCCGUGCCCGCCCAGUACAUCUGCGCACCCGACAGCAAGCACACCUUCCUGGCGGCCCCCGCACAGCUGCUGCUCGAGAAGUUUCUCCAGCACCACAGCCACCGCUUCUUCCCGCUCUCCCUGAAGAAUCUCGCCCACCCGGUGCUGUCUGUGGACUGCUACCUUAACCUGGGGUCGCAGAUCUCGGUGUGUUACGUGAGCUCCAGGCCUCACUCUUUAAACAUCAGCUGUGCCGACUUCAUGUUCAGCGGACUCCUGCUGUACCUGUGCGACUCCUUCGUGGGCGCGAGCUUUUUGAAAAAGUUCCACUUUCUGAAAGGUGCCACCUUAUGUGUGAUCUGUCAGGACCGGAACUCCCUCCGCCAGACGGUGGUCCGCCUGGAGCUGGAGGACGAAUGGCAGUUCCGCCUGCGGGACGAGUUCCAGACGGCCAACGCCAAGGAGGACCGGCCGCUCUUCUUUCUGACUGGACGUCACAUUUGAGGACCACACUGGCGGGUUUUCUGGAGCCUUCCGUGCCUCGUCCCACUGAGGCUAAAGAAAGAACCAGAACCACCGGGUGUUGGAACUGGAAGGGCCUGGGAUCUGUCUGUUGUGCACCCCCUCGUGCAGGUGCUGGGGAACUGAGGCCCAGAGGUGGGUGGAUGGGGACUUCCCGAGCGUGAGGAGGACGAGCCAGACCUGAGCAAGAAGCCAUGUCCGUCUGCUGAGUUCCGGGCCACACCACGUCCCCCAGCGUGUCCAAGUUCACUUCAUGGAGAACAAAGUUUAACCUGCUGUCAGGGCCUCCGCAGGCUUCUACACACAAGCUCCCUUCUCUAAGUUCUUGGGUUAUCUGGAAAAGGGACCAGUAUUUCGGGCUGUGGCCAUGAGUUUGGUUGUAAACUACUACAAAGCAAUAUUCCAAAAAAGCUUUUUAACUGUAAAGGCAGGAGACAAGGAAAGAACUAAGUAGGUCGUUUAACAAGAAAGAUGCUGUUGCCUAGAAGUUUGCUUUUUUAGACGUUAGCCCAGAGGCAUUGAGGUUAAUAAAACAUAACAAAUUGUCCAGAGCCAAUAGGAUGCCAUUGGCAUAGUUGGCCAAAUACCCUCCCUCUGAGAAGGGGCAAAGGGAAAAAGAAACUUUCUUUAAAAGGGUUUCAGGAAGGGAUUUUGGAUUAUGGAGAUUGACUUAAUGGAGCAGAAUUUGCCUUACAAAGGGAAGAGGACCCGCUGGCUUGAGCAACUGAUCCGCCAAAGGUGUGUGGAAACCAGUUGGUCAGCACUAGACUUCUGCUGUAAGUUCCUGAAGCUCAGUUUUCAGCUCCUCAGAUGGUGAGCUCGGAGGAAUGCUUGGUCCCUGACCAGAGAGGAAGCCCGGACAGAGGAGAAGGCAGCAAGACGCUCCACUUUGAGGGCCCAGCCAUGUCUUUUUAACCAGCAUUGUCGAGCCCCCCCCCUACAGGCCAGGUGCUAUCACGGUUCCCUCUCCUUGGACAGCCCGUGUGGCCAGGAUGAGUCUCCCCAUUUGAAAGAUGAGAAGCAGAGAGGCCCUCGCCAGGAUCACACUCUGGACAGAAGCAGAGCACGAGUCAGACUCCUGGAUUCUGGACCCCAGAGUCCAUCUUACCCCGCAUGGCUUUUUGGAGUGGCCUGAAACCAAAGGAAAAGUCUAAAAAUAACUCAGAAAGUAACUCUCAGUGUGCUUUCUUAUACACAUCCAUCCUAGACAUCGGUAAGCACUCUAGUAGAUAGCAAUCCAAGAAGAGAUUAUUUUGAAAAAUAAUGCCAAAGAGUUAAUGUCAAUCUUUUUUUUCCCCUAAGAAAAAAAUUCCCUGAGUAUAAAAGACUUAGAUCCAUGUUUAUAAAAUAAUCACUUUGUAUAUGUCAUUAUUCCUAAUUUGGAAUAAAAACUUACAUUCUUUAGUUACGUUUGUCUUUUGUAAAUAGUGACUGCAAGGCUGUUGUUCUCUCCCAUUUUAUUAGUUAAUUUAAAUUUGAAAAACAAACUAAUAUGCUUGUUUGCUCCGGCUUAUCAAUAAAGCUCUCAGUGCAUUUGUUUCUCUCGUGGGU